UGAUAGCGGAAGUGGCGUCACUAUACAGCGCAGAGAAGCUACACAAACAGACGCCUCGAGCUUUUGCUUUUCUUCACAUUUCGCUACAGAUUUAUCGACAGUUAGCUCCAUAUUCGACGAGGAGUACAGUGAGCAGAAUGGCCACAGACUGGUUGGGCAGUGUUGUGUCCGUGAACUGUGGGUCAACACUGGGGGUUUAUCAAGGAGAGGUGUCUUCUGUCGAUCGCGUGAGCCAGACCAUCUCUCUAAAACAGCCGUACCACAAUGGAAUUAAGUGUCCUGUUCCUGAGGUCACGUUCAGUGCCAUGGAUAUCAAGGAGUUGAAGUUCUUAGAUAUCCAGAGUACAGUUAACAAGUCCACCACAGGCCAGGCAGUUGCAAAAGAACCAAGUUCCGCAUCAGCAGGACGACUUGUCCAGAGCGACAAGAAUUCCCAUCCUCAAGUAACCAGCAGCAGCAGCUCCCAGGCCUCUACCGGCCCAAUUACCAUCCUACGCAGAGCUUCAUCCAACAGUCGAGGUCAGACGCAGGGCGUCCCGAAGAAGAACAGCGUGCGGACUGAAAGUGCAGGGGGGCCGGGGAGGUCCAAGGACGAUGAGUGUUUUGGUAAAAAGCACGACGAGGACCUGGACACGGACUUUGACUUUGAAGGCAAUCUGGCUCUGUUUGACAAAGCCGCCGUCUUCUCCGAGAUCGACGGGAGCGGCAGCCACAGCGGCAGGGCCCAGCGUCACAGCGCACAGGCCGAACAGAAGACUUAUCGCCACGAUGAGAACAUUCUGGAGGGCAAGCCUGUCGUCUAUCGGCAGAUAAGUGUCCCUCAGCAAGGGGGCAGAGAGUAUUGUACUGACUCGGGUCUCGUGGUUCCUAGCAUUCCCUAUGAGCUUCAUAAGCGUCUCCUCUCAGCUGCUGAGCGCUUCGGCCUGUCUGUUGAGCGCCGGCUGGAGGCGGUUGGUGUUUGCGCCAGCCAGAUGGCUCUCACUCUGCUGGGUGGUCCAAACAGACUCACCCCAAAAAACAACCAUCAGAGGCCCACCGUGAUCCUGCUGUGUGGUCCCCAUAUCCAAGGAGCGCAGGGCAUUAGCUGUGGUAGACAUUUAGCCAACCAUGACGUCGAGGUCAUUCUGUUACUGCCCAGCUUCGUGAAGAUGCAGCAGUUGGUCACCAGUGAGGUCAACCUGUACAGCAGGACCAGUGGCAAACAAGUGGCCAGCAUCAAAGAUCUGCCUGUAAGCCCAGUUGACUUGGUCAUCAACUGCUUAGACUGCCACGAGAACCAGCUGCUAAGAGAACAGUCCUGGUACCAAGCAGCUGCUGACUGGGCCAACCAGAACCGGGCUCCGGUCUUAAGUAUCGACCCUCCAGCCGGUGUGCAGCAUUCCGUUGAGGCGAAGUGGACUCUCUCUUUAGGACUCCCUCUACCUUUACCCGAUGCGGACAGUAGAAUCUAUCUCUGUGACAUUGGCAUCCCUAAACUGGUCUUCCAGGAAGUAGGAAUCAGUUACCACUCACCCUUUGGAUGUAAAUUUGUCAUUCCUCUGCACCCGGCGUGAGAGAGAACCCAGCCAUAACCUUUUGCACAUGCAGACUUUUCCACGGUCAGUUUAAUACAGAAUUGUUCAAGUAGCAAAUAUAGGUUACAAAACAAUCUUCUGUUACUAGAUGUGAGCAACUUCUGGGUUGAUCUUGGAAAAAAAAUACUCACACAUUCUAUACGUUUGUCGUCUGGAAACUCCCAGAGGUUGCUGCAUGUGACACCUUUUGUUUCUGAAAGGAAUAGGUUUCCUGUCUUUUGGUGUGUUUUGAUAAGCGCUCUGUCACGAUGUGAAUAUGUUUACAAAAUGCUGACUACUGAGAGUCAAUCUGUGACCUCUCACCCUGUCACCAUUUAAAGCAGCAGAAACAUGUUUCCUGUUUCCUCCUUUAGGUUAAGUGUAGAGUCUAGUCCUAACCCCUUGACCACCAGCACAUUACAACCUAAAGCUGUUUCCAGCCUACAGUUGCCAAACACUGGAUGUCCAUUAUUUUUCAAUUUAAUGUGUUGAAACCUUUUUUUUAUAUUUUACUCACAUUGGUGCUAUUGUCAGGUAAUGGUUGUAGCCACUAAAAGUGUAUAUAUAGAGAGAUUUACUUUUUGAAUAUGUCUCAGGAAUAAUGUGAAGAAAUAAAAAUAUAUAUUUGCAUUGA